AUGCCGUCCUCUUCGAGAUCGCGCGACGAUCGCGCAGGGUCAAGUUCGUCACGUCUCGACCGCGAUUCCUCGCGACGUCACUUGACGGAUGCAGAGGACGGUUAUAACCGCCGUGACCGCGACAGAGAUCAUUCCCCCGACCGACGAAAGCGACAUCGUGAAGACGAAGGCAACAGAAGAUCUCACAGCUCCAGAUCGCAUCGCGAUGACCAUCGACGAGAACGUUCGGACCGCGAGCACCGUCACAGGGACAGGGAACACGACCGAGACAGGGAUCAUCGAAGCGAUCGAUCGUCGAAACGCCGCGAGACGUCCGAGGAGCGUAGAGCUCGUAAAGCCGCCAAGCGCACAGAGAAGCUGAGGCAGCUCGAGGAGAGUUUUCUCGAUGAAGAGCAAGGUGCAGCCGAGCGCACCGCCGUCGCAGAGCUCAUGAUGUACUCUGCCGAGGAUAAUCCUUUCAAUGAUGCCAAUCUCGGCCAGAUAUUCAAGUGGGGAAAGAAGGAAGACAAGGAACGCAAACAGGGUCUCACCCGCGAGGAAGCAGAGAAGCGCGAUGCACAGCGCAGGCAGGAGGCCAUGGCUGAGAUUGAGAAGCUCAAUGCAAAGCGCGCCGAGCGCGAAAAUCUAGCUGCCGAGCGCGAAGAAGAAGAAGCCCGAAUGGCCCGUCUUGCUGAAUCGGCGCAGAUGGCCAGUUGGGUCGCCAAGGAGGACGAUUUCCAUCUAGAACAGGCACAGCGUCGAGCUGUGAUCCGCGUGAAGGAAAACCGUGCCAAGCCCAUCGAUCUUCUCAGCAUCAACCUCAAGUGGGCGGAUCCUAACAUUAUCGCCGAGCAAGAGAGCAAGCAGGACGACGACGAUGACGAGGCCGGCCUCGAGAUCGACCUCGACGAGCCAUACACUAUCUUUGAGGAAAUCUCGCUCGACGAGACGGAAGAGCUGCACCAGGACAUUCAGAUGUACUUGCAGCUUGAGAAAAACGAUUCCAACCUCGACUUUUGGCGAUCCAUGCUCAUUGUCUGCGACGACAAGCUGGAGGAGCUCAAGGAAGAGAGAGAUUCCGCCACCACCGCCACCAACGCGCGUCAGGACCCAGAGGAGCGAGGCCGCAUCAACGAUAUGCUUUCCUCCAAAUCGACGGAUGAACUGCAGCAGCUCCAGGAUCAGGUGCGCGCCAAACUCGCGUCCGGCGAACCCGUCGAUGUCGAGUACUGGGAGAGAGUGCUCAAAGCAAUUGUCGUGUGGCGUGCCAAAGCGCGUUUGCGUGACAUGCACGAGGCCGUGCUUUCCAAUCGAAUCGAAUAUCUUCGACGCAAGCAGCGCGAUGAAGCAGUCCGGCAACAGAAGGAGCUCCUGCUUCAUACCGGUGACGACUCGGACGUCGAUGAUGCGUCACAAGAUGGUGUCGAUGCUCGGGACGUGCCUGAGAGCGAUGUCAGGAGGGAAGAAGCAAUGCUUGAAGCGCUCUACGAUCCCGAAGAGAUGGAGCCUGCGCCCAUCGAUGCGUCGCAUCUCAGCUAUGAAGAUCGCAAGUUGCCCAUCAGAACUCUUCACGAGCAUCUGGCCGAACUUGUGGAUGCUCGGCGCCGCGUCACGGGUCAAGUCUUCAUUCCCAAGACGCGCCACCACGAGCUGGAGGCAGGCAGCGGAUCCGACAACCCCGCCGAGCGCCUGUUUAUGCAGGAGGCUUCCAAGGCGCUCGACGUUGCCGAAGAGGUGAUGGAGGGUGGCGAUGAAGUGCUCUCACACCAAACGUACCAAUGGGAAGACAAGUACCGCCCACGCAAACCUCGCUUCUUCAACCGCGUCCAUACGGGCUUCGACUGGAACAAGUACAAUCAGACGCACUACGACUCGGACAAUCCACCACCGAAGACGGUGCAAGGAUACAAGUUCAACAUCUUCUACCCGGAUCUUAUCGACAAGACGGUGGCGCCGACGUACAAGGUGAUCAAGGAGAAGGGCGAAGAGGACACGGUGCUGCUGCGGUUCAGUGCUGGACCUCCGUACGAGGAUAUUGCGUUCAGAAUUGUGAAUCGCGAGUGGGAGUAUAGCCACAAGCGGGGCUUCAGGAACAGCUUCGAUAGGGGAGUGCUGCAGUUACAUUUCAACUUUAAGAGGCUGCGAUAUCGCAAGUAG